AUGACGUCGACGCCGGAAUCUUCUCAGCCGAGCGCCGCCGACGGCACCGCAGCGAAGCGCGAGCGACAGUACUCCCUCGACGAAUUCGAUGACCCGAAUGUGGACCCGAUGUCGAGCUACGACGGCACCACGUGCGUGAUCACGGAUGAGUUGGAGGUGGAUAGACGAACGCUCGGAACGACGCUUCGAGAACAAAUCAAAACAAUGGGCGGCGAGCAACUCAUGGAUCCUCAUGCGUUCGUGUCGACCGAUGAGCAGCGGAGGCAGUGCGCGAUGUUGUUCGGGUCGUGCGCGUUGUUGGUGGUUAAGGGGCUGGGCGAGUUCGGUGCGGAUGGGUUCGAGGCGUGGGAGGCGGCGGCGGCGCUGGCGACGGCGGCGCUGGCGUACUGGACGAGCGAUCUUGGAACUGGGAUUUUUCACUGGAGCGUGGAUAACUACGGAAGUAAGGACACGCCUCUGCUUGGGAAGGUGAUCGACGCGUUCCAAGGGCAUCACAAAUAUCCGUGGACGAUCACCAAGCGACAGUGGGCGAAUAACAUUCACACCACGUGCGUCGCUCCAUUAGUCUUCACCACGCCCACACUGUUGCUCAACGAUCGUCCGACGGAUUUGAUCUUUGUCGGUGUUUUCACAGCUCUCAUUGUGCUGAGUCAACAGUUUCACGCGUGGAGUCACAUGAAGAAGAGCGAGCUCCCGAGCGCGGUGCUUGCGGCGCAAGACAUCGGCUUACUCGUGGGACGACGCGAUCACGGUCAGCACCAUAAGGCACCGUUCGAGGGUCACUACUGCAUCGUGAGCGGCUACUGGAACCCCAUUCUUGACGAUAGUGGAUUCUUUCGCAAGCUAGAGCAGAUGAUUUUCAAGGCAACCGGCGUCGCGCCGCGAUGCUGGAGCGACGACUUGAACUUCAUUGUUCAAGAAGACGCACCGGAAGGUUGGGGCAAGGGCAUCAUCACCAAGUAA